AUGACAAUUCUCAGCGGUUUGUCUCUCUUUAGUCUUUUUUCAUCCCAGAGCAAGAAUGAUCGUUUACGCAAGAGCAUUGUACCUAUCUCUAAUGUAUUGAAGCGUCAGCCAUUAUCUUCAACCCCACAACGUGCACUUCCAAAAUCAUCGGGUUUUCAACAAUACAGACAAGAUGGUGGUGCAUCCAAUGCUAACGGUAACAAAGGGGAGCCUGAAGUGAUUACAGAGAAUUCAAUAUUAAGAAAUUACCCAAGGCCUAAUUUGAUGCCUACAUUGCACUAUUCUUUGUUUGGAUAUCAGUCGCCAACUGAAGGAAACAAAAACCGCACAACUGUACAAUGCAGCAAUUGCUCAGGACCACAUUCAACAAGCUACUGUCCUUGUUAA